UUAACCACUUCCCGUCCGGCCCAUGUACAUAAAAAUGCGGGCGCCGUUUAUGAAUGGCAACCCGCUCCUGCACUUCUCCCGUCCGGGCCGUUUAUGUACAUGGGCCGGACGGGAGAAGUGCAGGAGCGGGCUGUGUGCUCUCCCUGGGAGCGUGCAGGCUGUGAACACCGAUCGCAGUACGGGACCUCUGUGUGAGGUCCCGAUCAAGUGAUCACUGAUUGGCCAGUCAGUGAUCACAUGGAAUAGUAGUAAGCAAGAUGUCACUUCUGACAUCAUUGCUUACUACUAGUGAAAUCUGUGAAUGAUCAGAGGUCACAUGGUACAAGGCUAUUCACAACAGCCUUGUACCAUGUGACAAGCUGUGAACAAUCACAGCUCUCACAGU